AUGGUCAUGAAGUGGCAAUACAAAGAAGAGAAUUCUUUCGAAAAGAGGCGGUCCGAGGGCGAGAAAAUACGAAGAAAGUAUCCAGACCGAAUACCAGUUAUUGUGGAGAAGGCUCCGAAAUGUCGACUGCGAGAUUUGGAUAAGAAGAAAUACCUUGUUCCUUCAGAUCUUACCGUUGGGCAGUUUUAUUUCUUGAUCAGAAAGCGUAUCCACUUAAGGCCAGAGGAUGCGCUGUUCUUUUUCGUGAACAAUGUGAUUCCUCCUACGGCCACGACCAUGGGCUUGCUCUAUCAGGUAUUGUAUGCUUUCGUUUAUUUCAUGUUCUCACAAGAUCACCACGAAGAAGAUUCGUUUCUCUAUAUUGCCUAUAGCGAUGAAAGUGUGUACGGAUAUAACGAGAACCAGAAUCUGAAUGUUUUUUAA